AAAAUUUAAGGUCGAGUCGAGUUUCGUUCAGCUCCGAUUAUCGUCAGCAUGUCCAUAAAAAUCGAAGUGAUUCUAAAUUCGAUAGGUCCUAUGUAAUAUAAACAUAAUACGGAGUAUAGUGAAGAGUGUUUUUGGGGAACGAAAAGUACUUGACUUUAUCAAACGUGAAGAAGUUUUUCAAAAUAUGGCAGGCAGCGAUGAUCAGAGUCAGACUGUUUCGUCAGGAGAUGGAACUGUGAAAUUGAAGCAGAAGAUCAACCUCUUGAAUGCGGUUACUAUAAUUGUUGGGACAAUAAUUGGUUCAGGAAUAUUUGUGACACCUAAAGGAGUUUUGGAAGGAACAGGAUCUGUAGGCCUAUCUCUUGUGAUAUGGGCUUUCUGCGGCGUAUUGUCCCUGCUUGGGGCCCUGUGCUAUGCAGAGUUGGGAACAACUAUUAUGAAAUCAGGAGGAGAUUAUGCCUACAUCCUAGAGAUAUUUGGACCUCUUCCCGCCUUCUUGCAACUUUGGGUUAAUCUAAUUAUAAUCCGUCCCACCGCACAGGCAAUUGUUGCGUUGACAUUUGCUUAUUACGCACUACAGCCGAUGUACCCUACGUGUGACCCACCAGCAGCAGCCACAAGACUGCUUGCGGCACUCUGUAUCAGUCUACUUACCAUUGUGAAUGUGCUGAAUGUCCGCUGGGCCACAAGGAUCCAAGAUCUAUUCACAGCUGCCAAACUUCUUGCCCUUGCUAUGAUAACAGUCACCGGCCUUGUCGUCAUCUUCAUGGGUGAAACAACCAACUUUGAGAACUCCUUUGAUGGUACAAUUAAGGACGUUGGAAAAAUCUCGCUAUCUCUAUACUCAGGUCUCUUUGCAUAUGCUGGAUGGAACUUCUUGAAUUGUGUGACAGAAGAACUUCAGAAUCCUUACGUGAAUCUCCCCAGAGCCAUCUAUAUUUCCUUGCCUAUCGUGUCUGUUUUCUAUGUCAUGGCUAAUAUAUCGUAUUACACUGUGCUGUCACCAGCAGAGGUGAUGGCUUCUAAUGCAGUGGCUGUGACAUUUGCAGACAAGCUGUAUGGUGUCAUGGCCUGGAUAAUCCCAGUAUUUGUGGCACUAUCAACAUUUGGUGGGGUCAAUGGACUACUCUUCACAUCUGGCAGAUUGUUCUUUGUUGGUGCCAGAGAAGGUCAACUCCCAGAUGCCAUGGCCAUGAUUCAUGCCAAACGUUUCACUCCAGCACCUGCUCUCCUUUUCACAGGUGGCUUGUCUAUAGUAAUGCUCGUCUCUGAUGAUAUUUUCUCACUUAUUAACUACAUGAGUUUUGUGCAGUGGUUCUCAGUAGGUCUCUCCGUACUGGGACUUAUAUACCUGAGAUAUAAAAGACCUGAACUGCCCCGACCAAUCAAGUUCCCUAUCAUCAUUCCAAUAAGUUUCCUUAUAAUCUGUAUCUUCCUAUUGAUCGUGCCUCUGUAUGCAGCACCAGUAGAUACAGGGAUAGGUGUCGCAAUUGUAGCUUCGGGAGUACCUGUUUAUCUUAUUGGCGUGAAAUGGAAAAAUAAACCAAAGAGUUUCUUAAGAUUUACAGCUCAUAUAACUAGGACUCUACAGAAAGCUCUCUGGGUUGUAUCACAAGAAAGUUAACCCCUUGCCUGCUGAGCUCUAGGAAAUGAUGCUUUACACAUUACCACUGAGGCAACAGGGUCAAGUUUGGAAAGAAAGAGUUAACUCUGUGGGGGUUAACAUGAAUAUAGUUCAAGGCAUUUCAUGAGGUGUUGGAAAAAAACAUGUAUUUGUGUCAGGUGCAAGCCGGCUGUUCAUUGAAAUUAUCGUGAAUAACGAUCCCAAAUGUAGCUUUCUCAUUUUCUUCCGCAUUAUUUUCAUUUUAUUUUUUUCAUUGUCAAAUGAGUGUAAUAUACAACUCAAAAUUCACAUCAACUUAUUGAGCAUAAAUAAAAGUUUUUCGUUUAGUUUAUGCAGGCAGUUCCCUGGGUAAGAUCUUGUCCACUGGUCAAUUUUGGGUAAUUUGAUACAGUUUAGUUGAUGUUUCAAUGAGAUGGAGGAUAAUAACAUUUGAAAUUUCUGUAUAGGGAAACUUGUAAGUAGGGAAUGUUCUCUGUACUGGCAGAAAUCAUCCUUUGGAUACAGUUGUCCCUUUAAAAGAGGUAUUCCUUUGAACAGAUUUGAACAGGCCUCCAAACUUUAGCCAGGGAACUGCACAGAGAAACAUGUGUGUCCGUGUAUGUACAUGUAGGUGUAUAUUUACAUGUUUUUUUGGAAUUUGAGUGCUAUGUUCAUCGACAUCAUUCUUAUAUUGGUGUAUGUAAACAGUAUAUGUAUCAUCUUGAUUUUUUAUUUACAUGGGUUUCAAAGUUAAAAUUACAGGGUGUGUCAUAACCACUGUCCAAUAUGGCAAUGUCAAGUAAAUGUUACAAUGGACAAGCUGAAGUGUCUUAACAACUGGUCUGCUGAUUCAGUUUUGACCAGUGAGCCUAGUACCCUUAUGAUGCACCCUAGAUAUAACUGCAAUUGAGAGUUAUUUAUAUAGUGUAGUUAAUAUGCAGACAAUAAAAUUGUAAUUUAAAGGGAUGUCUGGAAUUUCCGCAAUGUAAUUUGGAGUUAAAUAAGUUGUCAACUGUAAAAUGCAUGUUUAUAAAGAUAUGUACAUGUACAUAAGGACAUGUUCAUAAGGAUAUGUUCAUAGUACUAAGGGCAUGUUCAUAUGGAUAUUUUCAUUGUACUAAGGACAUGUUCAUAAGGAUAUGUUCAUAAGUGUAUGUUCAUAGAACUCAGGAUAUGUUCAUAAUGAUAUGUACAUGUACUACAUGUGACAGCCAGAGUUGCGAAUCUCGAUGACUAACAUCUUAAUUAAAGAAAUUUGUACAAUAUCAACUAAGAGGAUUCAGACAGCAUACAGUGCAGUGCCAAUAUGAUUCUUCCAAUGAAAAUAUUUCUCUCAAAUCAUUUUCACAUAAAUGGUUCAUGUACUCAUAUAUUAUUAAUGUGAGACUUAUUUUUGUUUUUACCUCAUUUUGAAGAUCUACUCAGUGCUCUUUUCCUGUAUUUAAUAGGUUGUAUGUACCUAGGCAGCUAAAAGUAGUAAAAUUAAAAGUACUUGUUCACUUUAAGAACUAAAACAUUCUGAGGAUUAGAAUAUCAUAAAUGAUUAUAAAACAUUAUUAACUGACAUGGGAAUUCAUAAAAACAGAUAUGUAAUUACUACAUAUGAAUAUUUUACAAAAUACACUGUCUUAUUCUCCUAUCAGUGUUGAUAGACCAUACAGUCUAUGAAUGUUAUAUGCAUACUAUAGAUACAAUUGGAUUGCACCUUAUAGUACUAAAGGAGCAGUGUCAUUCUCAUCUUCAAUAUCUUCAAAAUGUUUUACAGAUACAGGCCCUUUAAAUUCAUUGUUGUCAGAAAAGGGCAGAAUGCAGAAAAUAUAUGUGACAACAAGUAGUCAUAUCAGGAGUCAGUUACUAAUAAAUAAAAAACUAUAAUAUUACCUUUACAUUUUUGAGAAUGUAUGCACCCCUUAUAUGGCAAAAGACACUGAAACACUGUAGUCAGUAGUUAUGUAAGGAAAAGUUUUUUUUUACUCAAAAUUAUAAUUUUCACAUGGAAAUAUUAUCACUUGUUGACUGCUAAAAGAAAUGUAUUUAAAUGGAGACUUAUUUCAAAGAAGGUAUUCUAAUUACUUAAAAACAUUUCAAUCCAAUGUUUGCAUACUAUUUAGUACUAUUGUCUACCAAUUACAUGAGAUUAGACUAAGGGGAAUGGUUAACUAUAGAGAUGUAUGCUUACAACCCACGAUUACAAUUUUGUUGAAGUUUUUGGAAAGGGUGACCAUUUUUUUGAUCUGGGUACAAUUUUUUCGGGAAGUAAAUUUUAGGGGGAGGGGGUGAGAAAGAGGGGACAGUAUCAAAUAUAAAAGAUGUUCAUCAAUAUACUGACUGACCCAAUCCCUUGGUGGUAUAGUAUGAUGCAAUGAAAUUAUUUAAUUAAAACUUAUUUAUUUUUGCUGACAGUCAGAUAUGUGUUCACAUUAUAAUAAAUCAACAGUGUAUCACCAAUUAAAGGCUUAUUUCUGAAUUUUCAUAUUUAUUAUUUGGUAAGGAUAUAGGGUAACCUAUAUAAUUUUGAUAUUUGAUGGAUAUGAUUCUUAUCCAUGCAUGACAGAUGAAGUGUAACUAUCGGUUACAAACAGAUGCAUUGCUGUUUUUAUGUCACCACCAGAAGUGGUGACAUAUUGUUAUACUGUCC